AUGGCUGAGCCCGGCUCUGAGGCUUCCUCUGAGGAAAGCCUGGGCACCACGGAGCCCACGGAAGGCGCCCCGAAGAGCCCGAAGCAGAAGCAGCCAAGGUGCCGCCGCCGCCGCCGCCGCCACUGCCUCGACAGUUUCGCCACCUAUUUCCCCAGGGUUCUGAGGCAGGUUCACGAGGGCCUGAGCCUGUCUCAGGAGGCCGUGAGCGUCCUGGAUUCGUUCGCGAAGGACAUCUUCGAGCGCAUCGCCGACGAGGCCACGUGCCUGGUCCGCUCCACCAAGCGCUCCACCAUCUCGUACGGAGAGAUCCAGACCGCCGUGCGCCUGCUGCUGCCGGGGGACCUUGGCAAGCACGCCGUGGCCGAGGGCACCAAGGCCCUCAUCAGAUACAUCACAAGCAACGAGGCCGUGAGCGUCCUGGAUUCCUUCGUGAAGGACAUCUUCGAGCGCAUCGCCGGCGAGGCCGCGCUCCUGGCCCGCUCCACCAAGCGCUCCACCAUCUCGUCCAGAGAGAUUCAGACCGCCGUGCGCCUGCUGCUGCCGGGGGAGAUUGGCAAGCACGCCGUGUCUGAGGCCAGCAAGGCCGUCCUUAGGUACACCAACCGCCGCUGAGCUGCCUCAGGAGCACCUGAGCAUCGUAACCCAAAGGCUCUUUUCAGAGCCACUUGGCUUGGCAGGAAAAGAGCUGUAGCUCGAAAAGGGCUAGUAGUUGGGUCUUGUGGCGUUCUGCCGAUAGUUAAAGCAUUUUUUUAAACCCGUAACUAAAUAUCAUCAACUCUAGUAUAUCUGUGGUAGCAUUUGUUCGAGGGAGAACGGGCCGUUGUCCAUAACCAUAUUGUAUUAAAUAGCUUUUCUAAACGUCAUUUUUGUUACUUUUUUUAGGUUUAACUUUAUAGGGAUUUGUGAGGUGAAAAUUGUCCCCAUCAUAAUUUUUUAAAACAUUUCCACUCUCUGGGGCCAGCCCUGAUGGGCUAGCGUAAGAGCUAAAUUUCGGCGCUCUUACCGCUUCGAGGCCCGGGUUCGGUUCCCGGGUGGGGAACCACCCCACGCCCUCUGUCAGUUGCCGUGCUGUGUCUCUGGCACACAUGGAAGAACUAGAAGGACUUGCAGGCAGAACAUUCAACUAUGUAGUGGGGCUUUGGGGAGGAAAAGGAAAAAACGUUUUCACUCUAAUUCUUCCAUGAUUGGACAGUGGGAUUAUCCCGGGGUUCUUCAUGUUGAUAGGGCAACACGUAAUGUGAAAAAGAUGAGAAAAGAAUCAGUACAUCCCUAAUACACUUUUCUACAUGCCCCAUGUUAGAAAUUCACGUAAUUACAUAAAUUAGGACCCAAACAGCACAGAA